UCGACCGACCGAGCGACCUCUCAAACGGCCUACUUUACGCCUUUCCCUUUCCACCGCCCCCCCCACCUCACGAUCUCUUCCUCCUCGUCCUCCUCCUCCGUCGUCGGCUUCUGUCGUCCCACCAAUCGUUGCACGCAUCAAUCGAGGAGCAAGUCCGAGACGUGAGGGUUUCUCCGUGCCCUCCAUUCCUGACCCAGGUUUGGGCGGGGGGUGGUGAGGGGGGCGACGAUGAGGCGACCGGCGAAGCUGGAGGCGGCGCUGUCUCUUGGAAGGAAGCGAACCAUGCAGGGCCUCCUGGCCGCUGCCAUUCUCUACGUGGCGCUCGUCUUCCUCUUCGAGUUCCCCGUCCUCUUCGGCCGGAUCCCCUCCCCAUCCUCCUCCUCCUCCUCCAUCUACGCCGCCGCCGGGCUCCUUGGUGGCGACGGCCUCGGCCUCUCCCUCCACCUUGGCGCCGAGGAUCGGCAUGCCCCCCUCCGCCCCUCCCGGCGCACCCACCUCCUCCGCGGCUCCGCCCUCGGCCCCACCGGCUUCCGCGUCCCGUCUGACCGCCGGCGGUCGAUGACCGUCUCGGGGCUCGAUUUCCGGAUCGUCAAUGCCACCGCCGCCGGCCGCGGGCCGUUCUCCGGUCUCGACAAGGUCGCGAGGGACGCGUGGGAGGUGGGGCGGAAUCUUUUGGAGCAGCUAAAGGCGGCGCCUUUUGCGGCCCCCGCGGUGGCCACGAAGGACGAGAACAGGACGGAGGACGGCUGUCCGCACUCGAUCAUACUUUCCGGGGAGAAGUUCCUUGAGCGGGGGAGGGUAAUGGUGAUACCCUGUGGGCUGACGUUGGGAUCACACAUCACCCUGGUUGCGAAGUCGUACCAGGCCCACCCAGAGUACGACCCCAAGAUCGCGACCUUGAGCGACGGGGAGAAGGAGAUCAUGGUGUCUCAGUUUAUGAUGGAGCUGCAGGGGCUCAAGACGGUGGAUGGGGAAGAUCCGCCCAGGAUCCUCCAUUUCAACCCCAGGUUAAAGGGGGAUUGGAGCGGGAGGCCUGUGAUCGAGCAGAACACGUGCUACCGCAUGCAGUGGGGAUCGGCCCAACGGUGUGAAGGUUGGAAGUCCAUGGCCAAUGAGGAAACCGUCGAUGGGCUUCCGAAGUGUGAAAAGUGGAUCCGUGAUGAUGACAACCAGAUGGAGGAGUCAAAGAUGGCAUGGUGGUUGAACCGCUUGAUUGGUCGGACGAAGAAGAUUUCUGUUAAUUGGCCAUAUCCAUUUGCAGAAGACAAGUUGUUUGUCCUCACUCUAAGUGCUGGAUUGGAAGGUUAUCAUGUCAAUGUUGAUGGGAGACAUGUGACCUCUUUUCCUUACCGCACUGGUUUUGUUCUUGAGGAUGCAACAGGCCUGUGGGUGAAUGGGGAUCUUCAUGUCCAAUCCAUUUUUGCCGGUUCAUUGCCUACAUCUCAUCCUAGCUUUGCUCCACAGAAGAAUCUAGAAAUGUUAGCAGAAUGGCAGGCACUGCCACUUCCUGAUGGACCAGUUGAACUCUUCAUUGGCAUCCUUUCUGCAGGCAACCAUUUUGCGGAACGUAUGGCCGUCAGGAAGGCAUGGAUGCGUACAGUUAGAAAAUCAUCCAAUAUGGUUGCUCGGUUUUUUGUUGCUCUGCAUGGAAGAAAGGAAGUGAAUGUUGAGUUGAAGAAAGAGGCAGAGUUCUUUGGUGAUAUUGUCAUAGUGCCUUUUCUGGACAGCUAUGAUCUUGUUGUUCUCAAGACUGUUGCCAUAUGCGAAUAUGGGGUUCAUACUGUUUCUGCUCGCUAUAUAAUGAAAUGCGAUGAUGAUACCUUCGUUAGAGUUGAUUCUGUAUUGAAUGAAGUGAAGAAAGUCUCCAGUGAUAAAAGCCUAUAUGUGGGUAACAUGAAUUACUACCACAAGCCAUUGCGAGAAGGGAAAUGGGCAGUUACAUAUGAGGAAUGGCCUGAAGAGGAUUAUCCAGCAUAUGCAAAUGGCCCUGGUUAUGUUGUAUCAUCUGACAUAGCACACUUCAUCAUUUCUGAAUUUGAGAAACAUAAAUUAAGGUUGUUUAAAAUGGAAGACGUGAGCAUGGGUAUGUGGGUUGAGCAGUUCAAUAACUCCAGAGCAGUUGAAUACAUACAUAGUGUCAAGUUCUGUCAGUUUGGAUGCAUAGACGAUUACUACACCGCACAUUACCAGUCCCCGAGGCAAAUGACAUGCUUGUGGGACAAGCUGCAAGCAGGGAAGCCUCGGUGCUGUAACAUGAGAUGACGUCAACAUGAUUGAACAAGUCAAAAUUUUAGCAGCUAUACGGCUGCAUUCAUCGCGCAGGCUGGGUUGAUAGUGCUUACAAAUUCGUUUCCUGCCUUUCUUUUCACAUCGGCUGAGAAAGACUAGUGGCCAUGGAAGAGCUACUCUGCUGCCUCUAGAUAUAACUACAAGGAUCAAAACGAUGCAGAUCCUGUUACUCCACGAUCCCUCUGAUGGAGGUUGCAGCGGUUUUAAAAACUCAUAAUGUUCAGAUCUUAUGGCUGCUUCUUGUCUCAGAUUUUGUAAUUUAAUCUCGGUUAAAUCGGAUGAAAUGCCAUGGCAAAGAAUCACCCCUUGUUUCUGUGCAGAAUCAGACCUUGUUUCUGUGCUUAUUGUCUAUACUUGAGAAGAGCAUAUAUAACCACUGAGUUCAUGGUUGAA